AAAUUCGUAUUUGUCUUGACACUACUCUGUUACAAUUGGUGACGUUGGCAAUCAAAUAUCUUCCUACUGCUUGAAAGUUUUGCUAAACGUCACUCGCAAAAUUAUUAGCCAUCAAGCUGUUGUACACAAUCACCGAAUAUUUCCAGCAAAAUAGUAUCACUUGUGAUCUAUUACAUAUGAAAACAAUACAAGAGAACAACGUAUUUUUAUUCAUUUUUCGUUAUUAUCGCGAAUCUCAAUUUUUUUCUUUGAACUAUUAUCUCAACGAUGAAUAAUGUCAUUCAACAAAGCAAUAAAUUUAAAACGGAAUUGAACAAAUCAGCUAGCAUUACUUAUUCAAAGGUCUAGCUUGUUUGAAGAUAAUAAAAUUGGCACUAUCACCAAAUUUACUCUACAUACAAAAUUAAAUGCCAUCCAAGAUAACCAAAACCGCGUUUAGAAUCGCAAUAAUUUAUGUGGAUCCUGCCCUGAAUACAUAAAACGAGUAUUUAAACCCUUGCCGAAACCGCAGUCAAAUCAGUGCAACAUUGUUGACUACCUCCAAAAUGCUAUACAGCGCGUUACUCUGUCCCUUGUCAAUUCUCCCUAUCCUGUCGCUGAGUUUCCCGCUGGAAGAAAAUGGUGUUGACGGAGGCCCAAUCGCCAUUCCCAUCUUUGGUAUGAGCGAACGUGCGUUCAAAGAACCCGAUCCAGAAGUGGGGAAACGUCUGGAGAAGUGGACCGAGACCAGCGAUGUGAAUCCAGAGGAGUACGGGGAAUAUUUGGAAGGGGAUAUUCUGAUGCCAUCGGUGUCGAGAAAUGGUUUGGUGGCUGAGACGUAUCGGUGGAAGAACGGGGAGAUUCCCUAUGAAAUAGCCGGGGCUUUUCCUCCAGACAGUCUCAGUAUGAUUCACAGAGCCAUGGAUUUAUAUAAGAAGUACACUUGUGUUAGUUUCCGGAAGAGGCUUCCCACAGACGAAAGCUACAUUUCGAUCACCAACACGAAGACAGGGUGUUGGUCGAGCGUGGGCCGCGUCGGGGGCAAACAGGAGCUGAAUUUGCAGAGUCCCUCGUGCACGACCAAGUUGGGCACCCCUGUGCACGAGCUGAUGCACGCCGCUGGAUUCCUGCACGAGCAGAACCGGAAUGAGAGGGACGAUUUCGUGUCGAUCAUAUGGGGGAACAUACAGAGUGGUCACGAACGCAAUUUUGACAAGGCAGAAAAGGGCACCGCACAAGGAUAUGGAGUGAACUACGACUUCAAAUCGGUGAUGCAUUAUUCUAGCACUGCGUUUUCUACAAAUGGUCAGCCAACAAUUGUCUCAAAGGAUCCCAAAUAUUCGGAGAAGAUGGGCCAGAGGGAUGGCUUCAGUAAGGGUGACAUCACCAAGAUAAACGCCAUGUAUAACUGUCCUGAGAAGACUGCGGCUGUUACUAACGGUGGUGCAACAGGUACGGGAGGAGAGGGGGGGAAACCUAGUGGGGAGAAGGAUGGAUCGAGCAACCCCUUCAUGCAGGCAGCUAGUCAUUUGUUAUCACUAUUCAUAAACAAAAAGAAAUGAGGAUAAUGAUGAAAAUGAAUAAUUGGUAAUGAUGUGUUUGUGUCUGCUUAUUUAUUUUUAAUUUAUUUGUAUUGUGUACCUGCUUUUUGAAUAAAUAAACUGAGAAUGAACUGUUUCGAAAUAUUGGAAAAUAUUGAAACACUUUUAGAAAUUGA